ACGAGCUCAUAUUUAAUGUGUGACAGUCACACAUGCUUGCACUAAAAUAAAAGCCAAUAGUUUAAAUAUUAUGCUAGCUAUAACUGUGUAUCUUUUAUUGUGUGCUUUGACUAAGUAACUUUUAAAACUCGCCUAGAUUUUUUUUCACCCUUCUGGAAACAGGGUUAUGACAUUUGAUGCCUCGCAGUUCCCGUAAAAGGAGUUUGCUAAAUCCGCAAAAAUCUCAGCUGCUUUUUGUGGAGCAACCCAGAAAUGGACCAAGACACGACUAUGGACCACAGUUACGAAGUGCGAUUAAUCCGAGGUCUUUUGUAUCAGAACAACCACGGCCAGCCAUCGCGGUUUCUUCCUGGGUGUCUCCCCAGUUUGAAGUGCUUGAUGCCACAGCCGUCAUAAAAGGUGGAAAAGGGAGGAAGAAGAAUCUGCUGUCCACAAACACAGCUUCGCUUAUGACUUUGCCAGCAAUUAAAAAAGCAACAUUCUGCAAAUACCCUGCUUUGUCAUUUGAAGCAAGUGUUUCAGUUCCACAGAGAUGUCACAAGACCCUACCCAAACAAAGGACUGCCUCAUGUAGUCCAGAAAUAAGACCUACUCAAGGCGACCAUGCCAAAACAUUUUUUUCAGACCGGCAGGUAAAGGUGCCCGUGAAGACUUCAGUACGGACACCUUCCUUUAGCAGAUGGGGAGAGAACCUUGGAGCAUCAGGAGCUACAGUAACCCCCUUUGGGUCCUCAGAAGUUUUGAAAACCCCAGUUAGUUUCACAGUUGGGAAACCGAGGACUUCAGGGAUUGUUCACACCCCUGCAUCAAAAGAGAGCUACACAUCUUUAAAUCCUCAUCAAGUAGAGACUCCAGAAAUGCCACAUGGUGAAUGCUCUCCUUCAUCACCCAUUGUCCACCUGCUUUUUUCCAUAAAUCCACCAGAAACUCCUCCAAGAAGUCAAGACUUGGGCAUAUUAGUGAAAGACACACCGGAGAGAGACUAUGGGAUAAAGGUGACAUGGAGACGGAGGAAAACCCUGAUGAAAUUACUCAGAGAUCGAGGUCAACUCCUUGUCAGUGAGGCAGUUAUCAGCAAUCAGUGGUCAUUGAUUGAAAAAAAAUGAAAACUGGGUUUUAAUGUUUCUGUAUAUAAUGGGCCAUGUAGGUACAUUUGUUUUUUGAAACAAAGAGUUGAUUUGUGCAAAAUAUAAAAAAUCAUUUGAAUGUUUUUCAUGGCUGUUGAACUAUGAAAGUAACAGAAAUAACCUGAUGGAAAGAAAAUGUUGUGAUCCUACAAAGCAAAAGACUUUUCUCUUCACUGUGCCCUCUGUUGCCAAUGUAGAAUACAAGCCUCAAGUAAUACCCACUGUAAAUUUUACUGGUAAUUUUAGAACAGAGGCAUUAUAGAAAUAAUCCUACAAAACUCUCAAAUACCACAGUGUACACUCUCUCUCUCGCUCUAAUAUAUAUAGAGUGUGUUUGUGUUUACCAUCGUUUUCUAUCUGCAAACUUGUGGCCAUUUAGCAAUUCUUGAUAGGCUAUUAUUAAUAGCUUCAAUAAUUGGACUUAAACUUGCUAAAAUUAGGAAGAUCAAUGUUUGGGUGAAACUUUUUUUUUUUUUUUUAGAUUUACAUGGUUACAGAAUCGUAUAACGUACUUAAGACACCGACCCUCUAAUAUCUACGUGUCUUAUAAAUCAAUCUGUGACUUAAUCACGUCGUGAUUAAGGUGUUUUAACUUGUUGGGCGUUUUCCCACAAUUCUUUGUACCGGAAGUGUUGGGGAGCGAGUAGGGCUAUAUAUAAACAAGUACCUGGUGGGUUUGCUUGAAACUAGAAAAGCUUUAUUAUUACAGCCUUUAUUUUGUAAAAUGGUCUUUUGUGUCUUUUCUGGUUAUUCCUUCGCCUGCUGCACUUACAAAGUAACGGCGAAGUCUAUAUAAAGCGUUUGGUACUAGUUACAUAAACCAACAAAACAACUGAAAAAAAAAAAAAAAAAAAAAA